UAGCACAGGCGCGGGGGAGGCCGAUGCCGCCGUUCGGGUAUACCAGGCUUCCCUGGGUCAGAGAUGGGGGCAAAGAAGGGGAGAGGCCCACAGGUUGCCGUGAGCAAGGAAGCACAGGCGUGCGGCAGACGCCUUGCCUCGAAAGAAAGGCUCCGGCGAUUAAGGCGCUGCUCCUUGCGGGUGAAGGAGGUGGCACCUCUCGGGGCCAGAAGAUGGCGGGGAAAGAACUUGAAACCAAGAGUGGCGGUUCCACAGCUGCUUCCUCUGCGAGGAUACUGUUGAAAUAGCAUACUUGUGAAUUUAAGAGGAUCUUGUUAGAGCCUGUGGGAAAUCUUUACACAGAAGAAGAGGACCCCCGUAAAGUCUGGCACUCCUUUCAGCACAACACUUCCACUGGCACAAUUCUUGGUGGUGUGUUUGCAUGUUUGUACUUUGGACAUACACUAUUUUUUGGGCCAGUUUCACAAGCAGAUGGCGUUUCAGUUCAACUUCUCAAUAGACACCAUGGAGGCCAUUGGGAAUGGACAGCUGCAACAGGAAAUGAUACAGCUGGGCAAGCAAGAAAACCCUUCCGAAAAGAAGGAAGAGAAUUCCGUGGAAGAAUAUACAGUAAACAAGGAGCCUUUCUCAGGAAUCACUAUUAAUGUGACAGACAGAAGUGAGGCCGUGGCUUUGCCAAAGAAACACUUCUGUCUAAAAUCUGUCAAGGAACAUAAUGUCCCUAAAGACAUCAGCAAACUGCUUGAAAAUAAAAUUGUGCGGACUCUACCAGGCAAGUGCCAUGUAAAUCUGUAUUUGGUGGCGGUGGCACCCUGUGAGGACGCCCCUGGGGAAGACAUAGCAUCAAAAGGUUCGUCUUCUCAAUCUGACCUAAUCACAGGUGUUUAUGAAGGGGGCUUCAAGAUCUGGGAAUGCACUUUUGACCUCAUUGAUUAUUUGUCAGAAUCUGAAAUUCAGUUUGCACACAAGUCAGUUCUGGAUCUUGGCUGUGGGGCUGGACUGCUUGGAAUAGUAGCAUUAAAAGGAAAUGCUGAAGAAAUCCAUUUUCAAGACUACAACAGCUCCGUGAUUGAAGAAAUAACCCUACCUAAUGUAUUGGUUAACUGUGUUCAUCAGGAUGCUGCUGAUGGAGAAAUGGCUGAGAUUCCUCUGAAACAAUGCAGUAAAGGAGAAUUUGCCCAAGACUUGUUUUCCAAAUGUAGAUUCUUUUCUGGGGAAUGGUCAGAGUUUAACAAACUACAUUUGAAUAGCAAGAAUUCCUUGGCAAAAUAUGAUGUCAUACUCACCUCAGAGACUAUUUACAAUCCUGAUUAUUAUGAAGCAUUACAUGAUACACUUUCAAAUUUACUGGGAAUAAAUGGCUGUGUAUAUUUGGCUAGCAAAGCCUAUUACUUUGGGUGCGGAGGUGGGGUCCUCCUUUUUACAAAAUUCAUCAAAGAGAAAAAUGUGUUUAAGUGUAGAACGGUUAAGGUUCUGGAAAAAGGGCUACAGCGUUUUAUAAUUGAACUGGUCUUUAAGAAUUCCUCUGCUAACAUGCCUUCUAACUGAGUGCAUUAAUAAAGACAUUUUUUUUGCUUUCUGGCAAAUUGCAAGUGCAUUUUUAUCUUCACAACAAUCCUGUGAAGUAGGUUAGGUUGAGACUCCAAAGUUACCCAGUGAGUUCCAUGGCUGAGCAGGGAUUAGAAGCUGGGCGUUCUAGAUCCCCAGUCUAACGCCACUACGCCACGCAGGCUCCCUCUUGCAUGCAGUAAAGCUGUUACUCUUGC